AAAAAGAGGAAGUUCUCCAAGCAGCUCAUCAGCAUCGAGGGUACCUCUACCAUGAUCUCUGCUCCACGCUCCUCUCUGUUCCACUUAAGAGAAUGUGGAGACAUUUGAACGUGCUCUUCUGGGGCAUUUUUUCUUCUGUUACCUUUCAAAAAGCCGUUCCGACUUGCAGUAGCACGAGAACAAAUGAUUCUCAGUGUCGCCCUCCCACCAGGCUGAACCUACCCAUGGUCACCAGCUGGGAAUUCUCUUCUCCAAGUUUGAACUCAAAUACGAAUUCGGUUGUGAUGGGUCAGAAUGUAUCUCUGCUUUGCUCCCACAAGAACAGAUCACUGGACAUCACCUAUUUCUUGUUUUUGAAUAAGAAAUUCCUGGUCACCAAGACAGGAAGAGGCAAACCUGUGACUUUUAACCUAACCAUCUCCAGUGCGGAUGAUUUGGGCCCCUACAAAUGCAAAGCCACGGUCGUCAACUGUUCAUCCUACAGUGCCCAAUUCAACUUCACAGUCAUCGAAGAAGACAGCUGUCCUAUAUGCCCACUGCUGCCUCUGCUGCUUCCGGGGUUACUACUGGUGUUCCUGGCAAUAAUCCUAGUUCUGGCUUUUUGGCUACAACAAAAAUACAAAGCAAGAAAAGCCAUGAGACAGAAUGUGCCCAAGGAUUCUGGAGACAUACCCAUGGAAGGUGACUUGUACGUAAACAUCUAUAAAACUCCCGCAGGGACAGGAUACACCCAGGAGAUCCAUUAUGCUACCCCAGGAUUCGAGAAGGUGGUGCCAGGGAAGCCAGAAACCUGUCGUGAUUGCAACACCGAUUACACCUACUCUGAACUCACCUUCUGAAAUUUAAAGAAGCCAACUUCAUCUCAGCAUAAGACGCUUUCUAGGAAAGCGGAUUUAAAUGAAGCAAAAGGAGCCGCGUUUGGCCUCUUGGAAUGUCUGACCCUGUGAAUCCCUGUUUCUCAAGGCUAAGCGCUAUUUCUUUGAGUCGCUUGGGUUUGUCCCAUGGUGGCACCAGACAGCAGUGGUUAGGUGGACCCCCUGGGUCCUUCUGCUCUUCGUGGGCGUGGACCGUCCUCCCUAUUCCCUGGGUCAUUUUCAUUUUGACUUUUUCCCCAGAUUAUUUUUAAAAGGACAAUUCUUAGGCCGCGAUGCUCUGCACUGUGUAUCCUGGAGCCAUCACAGUGACCAUCAUUCCAGUUUCCCUGUCCCUGUGCCCACCAAGGUUCCUUGGAAGUGGAUCUAAAGACCCAUUGGGGGCAGGGAAGAGGAAGGAAAAGAAGAAAACGGAAGAACACAGAGGCAACUCAAUAGUCCAGGAUGAUUUCACUUCAAGAUCCUUCAUUGACCCGAGCACGGUGGCACAUGCCUGUAAUCCCAGCAGCUCGGGAGGCUGAGACAGGAGGAUCGAAAGUUCAAAGCCAGCCUCAGCAACUUAGCAAGGCUCUGUCUCAAAAUUUUAAAAAAGGUGAUGGGGGGGCUGGGAUGUAGCUCAGUGGUUAAGCACCCUGGCUCAAUCCCUGGUACUCCUCCCCUUCAAAAAAAGAUCCUUAACUUAAUUACAUCUACAAAGACCUUUGUCCCAAAUGAAGUCCUGUUCACAAGUUCCAGGAGUUAGGACACAGACUUAUGUUCUUGGGCUGCCACCAUUCAAGCCAUCACAGGGGACAAAAUGAUUUCUAGCCUGAGUGUCUUCUUCUAGGAGUUAUAAGUAAAGGAAAAUAAAAGUCAACAGAUAUUUCUAGGAUCCCAAACAAGCAGAACAGCUUGACCAAAGUUAUCGACGCUCUCUUCUUGGUUUCGGGGCUGCCUGAACCUCAGUCUUGAUUGUUCCUAGCAAUGAACCUCUGACCGGAUGGCCACGGCCUCUGUUACGUGGACACUCACAGGGAUGGUGUUACUAACUUGCUCUUGUAAGUGAGGAGACUCAAGAGUGAAGCCAUCUUUCAAGGUCACCAGGGCCUGGUAAGGAUUGAACUAGGAGCUCAAUCCUAGCCAACAGCAGCAGGAAUGCCUCUUCAGGGUGGGCAGGAGUGAAUUUAAAGAUUCCGCUGCCAUGAAGCAGCACGCAUGAGCAUCAUUCCUCACUUUCUCUGUUGAUAUUUUUAUUUAUGGAAAUCAGUAUA